AUGCCAUCCACCCCCCGCGCAGGGCUGGAGGCAGAGGCAAGCGUGGCUGCGCUUCCAACGCAGCCCCCAGGGACGCCGCUGGGCCGGAGGAACCCGCAGCUGCACUUCCCGCAGGUUGCGGGGGGCGAGCUGCGCCCGUCACUCCUCACGCGUCUGCGGCAGGGCGACGCGCGGGCCCCCGGCACGCCGGACGGGGCGCCGUCGGGGGCGGCCGGGGGGAUGGUGGGGCGGCGGGCAGGCCUGGCGCCGCACGAGACACCGACGCCCGCCUCCGCAAGGGACAAGCGCCUGCCGGCGACCCCGAAUUCGGUGACGCUGCGCGGGUCGUUCGCGGGCCCGGCGUCGGCCGUCCCCGGCAGCGCCCCGAGACUUGUCACCGCCCCCGGCACCCUGCUCGGCGGUACGGAGGGGCAAAAGGCAGAGACGAGAGCAAAAAGCAGCCGACAACCCCCUGCCAUAAGCGUGCGGCAGACAACGACGUCGCUGCUGCGCAUCUUGGGCGAGGCGAAUGCCGCUCGCAACGUGUCACCCGCGCGCGCGUCUUCUUCGCACACCACGAAGGCCGCCUCCUCACAAGAGCUGUCAACACCGCCCGGUGUUCAGCCCACGAAGGAGGCCGCGCAGCCCAAGAAGAAGAAGAAGAAGAAAAAAGGCCAAAAACAUGCAAAGAUGCUGCCCAAGACGCAGCUGAUGGAUCAGCCGGGAAGGGAAACCACGGAGACGGCUUCCGCGUCCGCCACGCAAGAGGCAGUCCUUUCCACCCCAACGACGACGAGCAAUGACAGCAAAAUGACUUUUGACACUCCCUUGCCGAGCAUGCAUGUUCCCUUUCACGGCGGCUCGUUUGGGGGUAAGGCCGUGCUUAUUGUGCCGUCGUCGUCGUCGUCGUCGUCGUCAGGGUACGACGUGGCGAGGAGUAGUGCCAUUGCGGCAGCAAAGCCGAACACGUCCAAGAAGAGACGUGGACACCCUACCACUUUCAAAAUGAACGGUGCAAAGGGCUUGGUUGGUGUCCCGUCGGUGCCUGCCCCAACGCAUGCGCCGGGAGACUCUACUACGGGAGCGAGUGUAAACAACCGAGGCCAGAGCUGUGGCACCGCCGCUGCAGCCUCGCUUAAGGGGACUUUUCAUUUCCCACGUUCCUCCCUGGAGUCCCCCACGGUGGCGCCGCGGGGCGCCGCCGCAACCGUGGCCUUCUCGGAACCCUCAGCUCUGCACUCUAGCGCGACGGAAAGCGGUGGUGGUGCCUCUGACUCUCCCGCACUUGCACAGGCGCCAACGUCACUUCAUCGUGCUGCGGACUCCGCCCCAAGCAACGGCGGAGGCACCACAUCGCGCAAGGCGGCAACUGCAGACAACGCGGUAGAUGACCCCAAGAAGGGCAUGAAGGCUGGCGCGCCGCAGCAUUCAUCCAUUCCGGGAGCGAGGGAGGGGACUGCCAGUCCGCAGCAGCAGCAACCACCAAACCUGUUAGCGGCUGGGACGCAUUCCCCGUCGGACCCUCCGCCGUCGUUAGUGGCAGUCAAAAACACGCCGUUGAAUGUGACGAGCACCGAUGAGAAACGGAGUGGGAUCCACGGCCCAGGAAGUAGAACAAGUGAAACCGCGCAGGAGAAGGGAAAAAAGGCCAACUCCUUCUCACCGCAGCCCAUCUUGACGUCAGGGCGGAGCGAGGGUGAAGUGGACAAGAUGCCUCCCCGCAGCUUGCUUAGCAGCCUCGCGCCAGAGCCGGCCCUCGAUUCUCACCGUGGUGAGGUUUGGUCAACGGAAGCCUUCCCUGCCGCAUUGAUGUCGAACUAUGCAACGCCCUGGCACAACGGGAGGGCGGACGCCAGCGAUGUUUCGCACGCCGCUCCAUCCCUGUCUCAGUAUAUUCACAUGGCAGAGGCAGACCUUUCUGGGACGACGCUCAGCGUCAUUGGGCCUCAUCUUUCCAUGUCUCGAACACUCCGCGUCAUCAAUUUAAAGGCUUGUACGACUGACGAAGAGGGACUGCGAGGAUUGGCUGAGAUUCGAACGUUACAGGUUCUCUGCGUCUCACAUAUGCGGCACCUGCACUCCCUGCGGCCACUCAUUCAGCGCUGCAAUGGCCUUUUUGCGGGGAUAGAAGAGAUUGACGCGCAGUGCACUCCCCUACAAAAUGCCGGGAUUGCCGGCGUGGAGUGGAUGCAACGACUGCGUCGACUCUGCUUGAGCAUGACGCGUGUAACCGACGUCACGUCUCUUUCAGCCAGCCGCUCGCUGGAGGAGCUGAUUAUGACGGGAACGCCUCUGAGGGGUGAGGGGAUUCUUGGGCUAGAAAAGAUACCGACGCUGCGGACGCUCGACCUCAGUCGCACCAAAGUUCAGGCGCUGCGUGAGCUCUACAGGUCAAGGUCGCUGGAGAAUUUGAUCUUGUAUUCGUGCAAAGUAACCAACGAGGAUGUGCGUCUCCUUGCGCAGAUGCCGCGGUUGAAGACGCUCGAUGUUAGCACAACCAAAGUAAGGGAUCUUUCCAGGUUGAGUGAAAGCCCUUCGCUAAAGCGGCUAACCGCCCAGUGGCUAAGCUUGCUCAACUGCAGAGGUGCCAUUGCUCCCCAGCAUUCCUUUCGCAAUGAAGAGGCGCAUGCAAGUCCAUCCCUUGAAAAUAAAGAUUUCUGCCGUAAAGAUUCAUGGUCGCCUGCCUGUUUGCAUGGACGCUUUAACGACAUCGACACGGAGGCUGGAUUCCGUGGCUUAGCGAGCAUUCCUACACUCGAGCACGUGGACCUUUCCUACUGUGCCAUUCAGAGCGUAAAAUCAUUAUUCCAUAGUAAAUCCAUCAAGGAGUUGAUAUUGCGCCGCACGCUUGUCGAUAAUGACGGUAUCGAAGGUAUUCAGAAUAUGCGGUCAUUGCAGAAACUUGUGAUUAACAACACCACAGGCACCUUCUACGUGGAUGAGGGUUUUCUGCUGAGUUCCGUGACGGGUGUCCUUGUCCUUGUAACGGAGCUUUCAAAUGCGUUAAACCUGGUCGUCCUUGACCUUUCCUUUACGGAUGUCUACGAUCUUCGCAUGCUCGCCGCGCUCCCCCACCUUCAGGAGCUAUACCUUGUGGAGACACUUGUUACCGUGGACGGGAUACGUGGAGUUGAGAGGAUUCCCACACUGCGCAUAUUAGAUCUCUCUCAGACAAGUGUUGCCUCCCUGCAAUUUCUCUCCGCCGGCUGUAAAAAGCUAAAACAACUCUUCCUAAGGUCAAACCGUAAUGUGCGCGGGUUUUGCAUUGGCAACCUGCACGCCCUCCCCUCUCUUGAGCUGUUGGAUGUCAGUGACACCGUUGUGGAGGACAUUCGAAUGCUUUUCCACCCCACAUAUUGUUUGAAGCAUCUCAUUUGGCGCUGGGGGGAGCGGCGGGACGUGCGAGGCCCCAUUGAACCACUCCCGCCUUGGGUGAAGACACCGGUACUCGACGGGAUUGAGUUGAUGCCGAGGCUGGAGGUGGUAGACAUCACAAAUGCCGACGUUCGCGCUGUGGGCUUUCUCUCCAAAGCGAGGUCGCUGAGGCGGCUAAAUCUGUCGCGGUGUAGGGCGCUGAGUAACGGCGGCAUUUUGGGGCUAGAGUGCAUUGGCACCCUCGAGGAGCUUGACCUUAGUCACGUGUCAGGCAUCACGGAUGUUAGUUGUCUCGCCAGCUCGCCCAUGCUACGUGAGCUGCGGCUUGGAUGGACCGGGGUCACGCUGGAGGGGCUGCGUGGCGUCAGGGCGAUGCCGACGCUGAAGUUGCUUGACCUCACUGCCACACCGGCGGAGGCCGCGGCGGGGCGCAAAGGUGGAGGGUGUGUGGCACUGGCUUGCGGUCUCGACAACUACAGUCCUUGGGGGGCGCGGCUGCCUGACGCCGCAACCCAGUUAACGGAGGCCAGCGCCCCGCCGGUGCUGCUGCAGAAAUGCCGAGCACGGCGCGUCUCGUUCCUGGUGUGA